AUGUCUGCUGAGCAGCAUGAGCCGUCCUUUACUUGCAAGUGUCUACCGCCUAAGCUGGGUGCUUCCUCUAGGAAUCUCGUAGUGUGCAUCGACGGCACAUGUAAUCGCUUCGGAGUCAAGAACACAAAUAUCGUCGAACUUUACAGUCAACUUGAGAAGUCGGACGAACAGCUCACUUAUUACAGCAAGGGGAUUGGCGUCGCGCCAGAAAUACCCGGUCAUUAUGAUCUCACGCGCCAAAUAUCAGAUGUCAUGGACAUAGCCGUUGCUCGUUACCUAGGUUUCUCUCGGGGGGCAUAUCAGGUGCGGGCCUUGGCUGGCAUGAUCGAGAGGGUUGGCCUUGUACAUCCCGGCAAUAGCGAGCUGGUAUCUUCUGCUUACGCCGUGUACUCCAAAUCAGACGCUGGUUUCAACGAGUUUCAAACUCGUUUCGAAGAGCCAGCCAACAAUUCAGAGCAACAGCUAUUGGCUGAGAGCUUCAAAUCGACAUUCUGCAGGGCAGAUGUCCGGGUUCAUUUCGGACACGGUUUCAUCCGUUGGUACUUUUCGAAGCAAGCCGCUACCCUUGACGGUUACCUCUUGCUGAUCACGUCUGCCACUUCCGACAUGCCCUCGCGUUGGAUGAAAGGCGUGUCAAGUUUCCUACCAGAUGGCGGCGGCAACAGACGUAAUCCGAGACUACAAUCAGGGGAUAUCCCAUUGUUAUGGAUGCGUAGCGAAGCCAGCGCAGCUGGACUCCUUUUCAAACCGUCAAAUCUCAUGUGGAAAAUUGAUGACCUAGACAAAUCCAUAACGCCACCUCUUAACUUAUUAUGGUGGGGGUUGGAGUUGCUGCCCUUCCGACGCCUGUGUUACAAUAACACCAACCAGACUACUUUCAGGCCGCACAUGGGUGGUUCUCGUCGAAUACUGCCAGGACAGAAAGUGCAUAUAUCAGCUUUGUUCAAGGCUAAUUACAAACCAUACGCGAGAUUCCAUCGUAACUUUGAGUCAUGGCCGCCAGCUCUGUUCUGGAAUGACCCCAAAUGCCACAAUUACCUCUCCUCUUUGUCUUCCACAUGGGAAACCGACAUAUUCGACAGCCGGUCGGUGCAGAGUCUUCUUGAUGCUCAACAACCGCUGAGGGCCAAUUUGGACGCCCUCGAAAGGUUGUCGUUCAUGGCUAGCUUUGAUAAUGGUCGAAAGGCCAUUGCACACGCUUCGAACGCCCAGCAAACAUUGGCGUCGUUACUAGAUCAUCAAAACGACUGGAUACGGAUUUGCGCUGCCAUGACGUACUCCGAAGUCGGCUGGGAAUGGCCACUACAAUUCGAUAAUGCCGCAGCCGAACUAAAGGGUCUUGAACGUCUCGCAGCAGACGUUGAAAGCCUCUUGCACGACAAGGACUAA